AACCGCGAAAAUGGAACGUGGUCUUGUGUCAGCGGACAGAGGGGGAAAAACCCAGUUACUCUCUAACUCCACGCUAAGUUUCGGUGAAAUGCCUCUGUAUAAAUUCUGUUCUUCAAUCCACCUUCUUCUCACAUUUCCAGUCUUUGUAGACAGCCAUGGGCGAGUUCAAGCACCUUGUUGUUGCCAAGUUUAAGGAGGGUCUGAAUGUGGAUGAAAUUGUUGCGCAAGUGGAGAAGAUGGUUUCUGAUAUUGACUCUGUCAAGUCCUUUGAGUGGGGACAUGAUGUGGAAGGCCAAGACAUGCUGACACAAGGCUUCACACACGUCUUCUCAAUGACAUUUGAUGACAAAGAAGCCAUCACUUCAUUUCUUACCCAUCCUAAACACCUUGAGUUCUGCCCCACCUUCAGUGCAGCCAUUGACAAGAUUGUAGUCCUUGAUUUCCCAUCUAUUCUCGUCAAAGCAGCUGUGCCACCUCCAUCACCACAACCACCGCCAGCAUUGGAAGAAACACCAGAAGCUGCUGUGCCACCUCCAUCACCACAACCACCGCCAGCAUUGGAAGAAACACCAGAAGCUGCUCUGCCACCAGUGUUGACAUCUACACCUCUACCAACACCUGCCACUGCCGCAGCCGCAACACCGGCAUCUGCUUCAGCAUGAUAUAGGAGGCUUCAAAGACAAUGUGGCAUUGUCCAACGUUAAAAGAAUAGUACUCUCUAAUCUUUAUUUGCAGUAUGUACUCUUCUGUUGCUUUUAUAAUCAUGGAAAGUGAAGUCUUUUCUGAAUGGGAAGAAAGUGGUUGAUGAUCCAUGCAUUUGCUUGCAAGGUAGUGUAAUACGUACUUUCUUUGUUGUUUUUGUUUCCCUGAUUGCUGAUUUGAUGAUGAUAGCAUUCACUCUUGUUCAAACAUAAGAGGACCCAUUUUACAAAGUUUGUCUGCCA